UGCCCUGACAUGGACUCCUCGCUAUAUUUGGGCUGCAGUUGUUUUGCAAUCCUGCUGCUGUUGUUUUCCUGCGGUGUGAGAAAGCUCUUUGAAGGUCCCCAAAAGACUCUUUACUCCCUUGUCCCCCCUUUUUGGGGGUCUGUUUUCAGGUUGCCAUGCCUGCCCUGUUCUGCUGCUGCCUCUCGGCUGCUCCAGAAGAGCGGGAGCACUUUCCUGUAAACACAAGGCAGCCCUGUCGAAACAUUGGGGUCUUCAACAGGGAGGGGACCCUCACCAUGAAGCUGGUGAACGUCCAGGCCAUCGACACCCUCUUCUCUGACAUUGCCACCACCUUCAACGGGCAGCAUGAGGCCCACUGUGCCAUGCUCAGGGCUGCCAGAAGGCUGAGGGAGGUUUGUGGCUGUGCCCCCGCUGCUGCCCUCACAGCCUGCAUGGACACCCUGCAGCAGGAGCACGGUGCCCACAAGGUGCAGGUGCUCAUGGAGGGCUUCAGUUUUUCCCUGGCUGUGAAGGAGCAGGAGGUGCCCGAGGAGCUGAGGCGGGUCCAGCAGCAGGUGCAGGAGCUGAGUCGUUCCACAAAGCGUGUCCUUGCUGGGAGAGCUGUGCUCCAGGAAAUGACCUCCUCGGUGCUGCAGAGCCAGGCUGAGCUGGAGGAGAGGAUCAGAGCUGCCAACCCCGAGUAUCUGGACCAGGUACGGCUCGAGGGGAACCUGAGGGAGAACAUCCAGAAGAUCGGCCUGGCCAGGGAGCUCUCGGAGCACUACUGGGAAGCUGCCAGCUGUGUGGUGAGGGAAAUGGCCCAGGGAGCUGGUCUGGUGCUGGAAGGGCCUCCUGGAAAUGAAUAGAGACUCCCAACCUGCCCCACAUCCAGAGCAAUGGCUUGGAGGACACUUGGGGGUGCAGUGACCUGGCAGUGUCAGUGAACAGAACCCCGCAAAUGGCUUGGGGGCAGCUGCAAGCCUCAGAUCUGUGUUGUUAAAUUGUGACUGGAAAGAUGCACCUGGAAAAAGCUCUGGACCAUUGACUGAGUGGACAGGAAAAGCCUUUUUUCUCUGUGCUGUGUUAUAUCAUCCUUUAUGCAUUAACAAGGAAAAACGGG